CAAACGAAAUUCUUCUAGUUUUAACCUUGUCUCAAAUCAUCAUGGCCCAUCUGCAUCAGCUCGGUUCAGUCACGUUCGACCUUAAAUGGAUUGUUGAUGAAUCUAUCAAACUUACCAAUUAAUUGUACUACUUAAGCUACCGACAUAAGAUAGUAAUCACACAGUCCAUUUUGAUAAAUCUAAAGCAGUAGAGUAAAAUGGCAUAUCAUUGGUUUGUGGCUUUGCGAGUAGUUAUGGUGUUUGCUGUUUUAUUUCAGGGCGCCAUGACACAAGGUAACGAGGCUACGAGAACCUCAAAUGCUCCGGAAAAGGAGCACUCUACGCAGCAAUCCAUCAGGAUUUUCAGCUUGAAUGACUUUUUAACACAUAUUGGUAUGGAUAACACGAAUCAUGAUUCGGUUUUGCAUGAUUCCAACAAUCACGCGGGUGUACGUUGCUCGAGUCAUGCAGUUGCUAAUAAUGACGUGCAUGCAAAACGUCCGAUGCCACAAUGCAAACACCCAAUGUGCAGGUCACCAUGCUGUGUACGAAGAUUUCUUGCAAAACAGCUAAAAGAAACAAACGUCAACAUCAAUCGUCUUCUGGAGUGCCUCGUCAGAAGUAAUGUCAUAUCCAACUGUCCGAAUGCACCUAGAAUCGAUUUGAACCUGAGUAAAGAACAAGACAUCAGCUGCUCAGAUUUAGAAUGCUCAAUGCUUGAAGAUGCACAGUCAAGUGAAAAUGAUGAUCAGCACCGAUCGUUGCAUCCUUGUACUUGUGGAACGUGUCUGUACAAACUAAAUUUACCAGGCAAUGCCGAUUCUAAUGCUAAAAGCAACCACAACAAAAAAGUUCAAAUCAAAGAAAAACCUUCAAUAUAUCACCACACUCAUUCAACGCAAGAUACUCGUUUCAGUGAUGGAAAGCGAGUUUCAAGUGGUAACAGUUUUGAAGACGGUACUGAUAACAACCAGGCUACUAAAUCGCCUCGAAGAAGAACAUGCAGAAAAACGUCCGGUGGCUCUAGCGCUGGAUCGAUUCCCCGGAGUAGCGUCAAAUAGCAGCACGAGUUGAAUAUUUGGGGUUUCUGUCUCUUCACUCGUGUUUUCUAGAAAAUAGUCUGUAAAAUAUAAGAUAUAUAAAAUGAUAAUGAAAAUAUGUAACAAUUUAGUCGAAAAUAUUACUUAAACGAGGGAACAAAAAUCUAAGGGAAGUUUAUAGCAUAUUCAGCCCACGCGCUACAU